AUGGGCAAAAAGAAAGCACGCGGUGAAUACAACGACUUCCUGGACGGUGAGAAACUACGCGACAAUGCUGAUAUCCGGACGACGCUGCAAAGCUCAAUGCCUCCAACACGAGACAUCUCACCACCACCCGUACGGCAUGACCGCAGAGCAGGCAGGAAGACAGGGAAAGGCGGACCCAAAAAGCCACCCCUGACACACUUCCUCUGUCUCCCACUCGUGACCGAUGAAAGCAGACCACAACUGCAGGCAGGGUUAGAAAAACUAAAGGAAGAGCUGGGCAAAGGAGAUCUCGUACCAUCCACAGCGGUCCGACCCGUUGGGUCCCUCCACUUGACGCUCGGCGUUAUGAGCCUCGACGAAACCAAACUACAAGAGGCAAAACACUAUCUAGCAGAUCUUGAUCUCCACAGUCUACUCAGGGAUAUCUCUAUGCAAAUACUAGCCGAGAAAGCAGCCGAAGACGGCACGAUAGCGGAGAAUCUCGGUCCAGGAGCAUUGCCAGAUACAGAUGCAUUAACAAUCAACCUCGAAUCACUCGCCCCCAUGCAGGCGCCGCAGAAGACGAGUAUACUCUAUGCAGAACCAAAGGACGCGUCGCAGCGCUUGCUGCCGUUUGCCUCUGCAUUGAGGGAACGCUUCACGACAAAGGGCUUCUUACUUGAGGAUUCGAGGCCGUUGAAGCUGCACGCUACGAUUAUCAAUACAAUCUAUGCCAAGUCUGCUAACAAGCGAGCGAGGGUGAAGAACCCCCUAAAGGAUGGGACCCAGCACCCUGACGCUGAGGCAUCGGCACAUGACAAUAACCAAGAUGAUGAUGCAGCAUCGACAGCGGAAUCGCUCGACGGCAACGCCGCUGCAUCACACAGCUCGUCAGCGCCUCACAACCUCGCAAGGGAAGCAGGGCACGGCCCCGAUGCGAAGAGCUGGCUCCGCUUCGACGCGCGGUCGUUGAUCGAAACGUACAAACACUUCCCCUGGGCUGAUCAAGUUAGAAUAGACAAGAUUCAGAUUUGUAAGAUGGGCGCUAAGAAGGUUUGGAGUGGCGCCAAGGGGGGAGAAGGAGAUGCGGUGGAUGAGCGGUAUGAAGUGGUUUGUGCAAAGGGUAUUUAUGAGUAA